UGUUCAUUAUCUAUUGCAGGAAGGCUCUAGGGCUGUUUAUACGUGUCUCGAUAGCCCCUUCGUAACCGUCCGUCAAGAUGCCUAAACCACCAGCGGCCCAGGAGGAUGAGGAUCCCACCCCAUACCUCUUCGUUUCUUUGGAACAGAAACGUAUAGACCAGACCAAGCCCUACGAUGCCAAAAAAUCAUGCUGGGUACCGGACGACAAGGAGGGUUUCGUACUUGGUGAAAUCAGGGGCACCAAGGGUGACCUCGUUACCGUUUUCGCCGGUGGAGAGGAAAAGAACUUCAAGAAAGAACAGGUGACUCAAGUCAACCCUCCAAAGUACGAAAAAGCCGAAGAUAUGUCCAACUUGACAUAUCUUAAUGAUGCUUCCGUAUUGCACAACUUGAAACAACGUUAUUAUGCCAAGCUUAUCUAUACUUAUUCCGGUCUUUUCUGCGUUGCCAUCAAUCCCUACAAACGUUUCCCCGUAUACACAAACCGUUGUGCCAAAUUGUACCGUGGUAAGAGGCGUAAUGAAGUACCACCCCACAUUUUCGCCAUUUCUGACGGUGCCUACGUAAACAUGUUGACCAACCAUGAAAAUCAAUCUAUGUUGAUCACUGGUGAAUCUGGUGCCGGAAAAACUGAAAACACGAAAAAGGUAAUUGCGUACUUCGCCACCGUCGGUGCUUCCACCAAGAAACCAACUGAAGAACAACAGAAGAAAGGUACCCUGGAAGAUCAGGUCGUACAAACUAACCCUGUACUUGAAGCCUUCGGUAACGCCAAGACUGUGCGUAACGACAACUCUUCCCGUUUCGGUAAAUUCAUCCGUAUUCACUUCGGUCCCACUGGUAAAUUGGCUGGUGCUGAUAUCGAAACUUAUCUGCUGGAGAAGGCCCGUGUCAUCUCCCAACAAUCUCUUGAAAGAUCCUACCACAUUUUCUACCAGAUCAUGUCUGGUGCCGUUAAAGGAAUUAAGGGCAUGUGCCUCUUGGUUGACGAUAUUUAUGAGUAUAACUACGUGUCUCAGGGUAAAAUUACAAUUCCUAACGUAAAUGACGAUGAAGAAUUGUUGGCAACGGACGAAGCCUUCGACAUCCUUGGUUUCACUCAAGAAGAAAAGGAUAACAUCUACAAGAUUACCGCCGCUGUCAUGCACAUGGGUACCCUAAAAUUCAAACAAAGAGGUCGCGAAGAACAGGCUGAAAGUGAUGGUACUGCUGAAGGUGAAAAAGUAGCCAAACUGUUGGGAAUUGACGCCCAGGGUUUGUACACCGCAUUCGUCAAGCCCAGGAUUAAGGUCGGUAACGAAUUCGUCACCCAAGGUCGUAACGUCAACCAGGUCAAUUACUCCGUUGGUGCCAUGUCAAAGGCCAUGUUUGACAGACUUUUCAAGUUCCUCGUCAAAAAAUGUAACGAAACUUUGGACACCCAACAGAAGAGACAACACUUCAUUGGUGUACUGGAUAUUGCUGGUUUCGAAAUCUUCGACUUCAACAGCUUUGAACAGCUCUGUAUCAACUUCACCAAUGAAAAACUGCAACAGUUCUUUAACCACCACAUGUUCGUACUUGAACAAGAAGAAUACCAACGCGAAGGUAUCGAAUGGGCCUUUAUCGAUUUCGGUAUGGACUUAGCUGCCUGUAUCGAACUUAUCGAAAAGCCUAUGGGUAUCUUGUCCAUCCUUGAAGAAGAAUCUAUGUUCCCCAAGGCUACCGACCAAACCUUCGUUGAAAAAUUGAACACCAACCACUUGGGUAAAUCACCCAACUUCCAAAAGCCCAAACCACCAAAACCAGGCCAGCAAGCCGCUCACUUCACAUUGGGUCACUACGCCGGUAAUGUACCAUACAACAUCACUGGUUGGUUAGAAAAGAACAAGGACCCCCUGAACGACACUGUUGUCGAUCUCUUCAAGAAGGGUACCAACAAAUUGUUGUGCGAAAUCUUCGCUGACCAUCCCGGUCAAUCUGGUGGUCAAGAUGCUGGUGGCAAAGGGGCGAAGAGAACCAAGGGUUCCGCCUUCCAGACUGUAUCAGCUAUGUACAGGGAACAAUUGAACAACUUGAUGUCCACCUUGAGAGCUACUCAACCUCACUUCGUCCGUUGUAUCAUCCCCAACGAAUUGAAACAACCUGGUGUCAUUGACUCCCACUUGGUAAUGCACCAGCUGACAUGUAACGGUGUACUUGAAGGUAUCCGUAUCUGUCGUAAAGGUUUCCCCAACAGGAUGGUCUACCCUGACUUCAAACUCCGUUAUAAAAUCUUGAAUCCUUCUGGAGCGUCCAAAGAAUCCGACCCUAAAAAGUGUGCCGACGUCAUCUUGUCAUCCACCAGUCUUGAUCCUGAAUUGUACCGUCUUGGUCACACUAAGGUAUUCUUCCGUGCCGGAGUCUUGGGUCAGAUGGAGGAACUUCGUGACGAACGUCUCAGCAAGAUCGUCACCUGGAUGCAAUCCUGGAUCAGAGGUUACCUCUCCAGAAAGGAGUUCAAGAGGCUGCAGGAACAACGUUUGGCCCUCCAAGUGUGCCAGAGGAACUUGAGGAAGUACCUCAAGCUCAGGACCUGGCCCUGGUACAAACUGUGGCAGAAGGUCAGACCACUCCUCAACGUCACCCGUAUCGAGGAUGAGAUCGCCAAACUGGAAGAGAAGGCUGCCAAAGCUCAGGAGGCAUUCGAACGUGAAGAGAAAGCCAAGAAGGAGUUGGAAGUCUUGUACGCCAAACUGUUGGCCGAAAAGACCGAGCUGUUGUCCACCCUUGAGGGAGAGAAAGGAUCCCUUUCCGAAACUCAGGAGCGUGCCAACAAACUCCAAGCCCAGAAGAACGACCUCGAAUCUCAAUUACAGGAAACCCAAGACCGUUUAGGACAAGAGGAAGACUCCCGCAACCAACUUUUGCAACAAAAGAAGAAACUCGAACAGGAAAUCUCCGGUUACAAGAAGGACAUCGAAGACUUGGAACUUAACCUCCAAAAAUCCGAACAGGACAAGGCCACCAAGGACCACCAAAUCAGAAACUUGAACGACGAAAUCGCCCACCAAGACGAACUCAUCAACAAACUCAACAAAGAGAAGAAACUGACUGGUGAGAACAGCCAGAAGAUCGGUGAAGAACUCCAGGCUGCCGAAGACAAGGUCAACCACUUGAACAAGGUCAAAGCCAAAUUGGAACAGACCUUGGACGAGCUCGAAGACUCUCUCGAACGCGAGAAGAAACUUCGUGGUGAUGUUGAGAAGUCGAAGAGGAAGGUCGAGGGUGACUUGAAACUCACCCAGGAAGCUGUCGCCGACUUGGAACGCAACAAGAAGGAACUCGAACAGACCAUUCAACGCAAGGACAAGGAAAUCUCAUCUCUCACCGCUAAACUCGAAGACGAACAAUCCGUUGUUGGAAAGACCCAGAAACAAAUCAAGGAACUCCAGGCCCGCAUUGAAGAACUCGAAGAAGAAGUCGAAGCCGAACGCCAAGCCCGUGCCAAGGCCGAGAAACAACGUGCCGACCUUGCUCGCGAAUUGGAAGAAUUGGGCGAACGUCUGGAAGAAGCUGGUGGUGCCACUUCUGCCCAGAUCGAGCUCAACAAGAAGAGAGAAGCCGAACUUGCCAAACUCCGCCGCGACUUGGAAGAAGCCAACAUCCAACACGAAGGCACCCUCGCUAACCUCCGCAAGAAGCACAACGAUGCCGUUUCUGAAAUGGGCGAACAAAUCGACCAACUCAACAAACUUAAGGCUAAGGCUGAGAAAGAAAAGGCUCAAUACUUCGGCGAACUUAACGAUCUCCGUGCCUCCGUCGACCACUUGGCCAACGAAAAGGCUGCCAUUGAAAAGGUCUCCAAACAAUUACAACAGAACCUCAACGACGUUCAAGGCAAACUCGACGAAACCAACCGCACCCUCAACGACUUUGAUGCCGCUAAGAAGAAGCUCUCCAUCGAGAACUCUGACCUCCUCAGACAACUCGAAGAAGCCGAAUCCCAGGUGUCUCAACUCAGCAAGAUUAAGGUAUCUCUCACCACCCAAUUGGAAGACACCAAGAGGUUAGCUGACGAAGAAAGCCGCGAACGCGCUACUCUUUUGGGCAAGUUCCGCAACUUGGAACACGACUUGGACAACAUCCGUGAACAAGUCGAAGAAGAAGCCGAAGCUAAAGCUGACAUCCAACGUCAACUUAGCAAAGCCAACGCCGAAUCCCAAUUAUGGCGCCAGAAAUAUGAAUCUGAAGGUGUCGCCCGCUCCGAAGAACUUGAAGAGGCCAAGAGGAAACUUCAAGCCCGUCUUGCUGAAGCCGAAGAAACCAUCGAAUCUCUUAACCAGAAGGUCGUUGCUCUCGAAAAGACCAAGCAACGUCUUGCCACCGAAGUCGAAGAUUUGCAAUUGGAAGUCGACCGUGCCAACGCUAUCGCCAACGCCGCCGAAAAGAAACAAAAGGCCUUCGACAAGAUCAUUGGAGAAUGGAAACUCAAGGUUGACGACCUUGCUGCUGAACUUGAUGCCAGCCAGAAGGAAUGCCGCAACUACUCCACCGAAUUGUUCAGACUUAAAGGAGCUUACGAAGAAGGCCAGGAACAACUCGAAGCCGUACGUCGUGAAAACAAGAACCUUGCCGAUGAAGUUAAGGACUUGCUCGACCAAAUUGGUGAAGGUGGCCGUAACAUUCACGAAAUCGAAAAGGCCAGGAAGCGUUUGGAAGCCGAAAAGGACGAGCUCCAAGCCGCCCUUGAGGAAGCUGAAGCCGCUCUUGAACAAGAAGAAAACAAAGUUCUCCGCAGUCAAUUGGAAUUGUCCCAGGUCCGUCAAGAAAUCGACAGACGCAUCCAAGAGAAAGAAGAAGAAUUCGAAAACACCCGCAAGAACCACCAACGUGCCCUCGAUUCCAUGCAAGCCUCCCUUGAAGCUGAAGCUAAAGGUAAGGCUGAGGCUCUUCGCAUGAAGAAGAAGUUGGAAGCUGACAUCAAUGAGUUGGAAAUCGCUUUGGACCACGCCAACAAGGCUAAUGCUGAGGCCCAGAAGACCAUCAAACGUUACCAACAACAACUCAAGGACACCCAACAAGCUUUGGAAGAGGAACAACGCGCCCGCGAUGAAGCCCGCGAACAGUUGGGUAUUUCUGAACGUCGUGCCAACGCCCUCCAGAACGAAUUGGAAGAAUCCCGCACUCUCUUGGAACAGGCCGACCGUGCUCGUCGCCAAGCCGAACAAGAAUUGGGAGAUGCCCACGAACAACUCAACGACCUCGCCGCCCAGAACGCUUCAUUGUCUGGUGCCAAGAGGAAAUUGGAAACCGAACUCCAGACCUUGCAUUCCGACCUCGACGAACUCCUCAACGAGGCUAAGAAUUCCGAAGAAAAGGCCAAGAAGGCCAUGGUUGACGCCGCUCGUCUCGCCGACGAAUUGCGCGCCGAACAAGACCACGCCCAGACCCAAGAGAAACUGCGCAAGGCUCUUGAAACCCAAAUCAAGGACCUCCAAGUUCGUCUCGACGAAGCCGAGGCUAACGCCCUUAAAGGAGGCAAGAAGGCCAUCGCCAAGCUUGAACAGCGCGUCAGGGAAUUGGAGAACGAAUUGGACGGUGAACAGAGGAGGCACGCCGAUGCCCAAAAGAACCUCAGGAAGUCCGAGCGUCGCAUCAAGGAGCUCAGCUUCCAGGCCGAAGAAGACCGCAAGAACCACGAACGUAUGCAAGACCUCGUCGACAAACUCCAACAGAAAAUCAAGACGUACAAGAGGCAGAUCGAAGAAGCCGAAGAAAUUGCGGCCCUUAACUUGGCCAAAUUCCGUAAAGCACAACAAGAAUUGGAAGAAGCAGAAGAACGUGCCGACCUCGCCGAACAGGCUAUUGCCAAAUUCCGCGCGAAGGGACGUGCCGGAUCCAGCGCCAGAGGACAAAGCCCAGCACCAAGACAGCGUCCUCAAUUGGGUGAAGGUGGUCUUUUCCCUCCAAGGUUCGACCUCGCCCCCGAAAACGAUUUUUAAGUCGCGCUGUGUUUAGUUUAGAUCAAAGAAAAAUUUGAACUGAAAUCGCGGGCCCACCACCGUUCGAAACCCGCGAGUGUAAUUUAAUAAUUUCUAAUUAAUUAUUACCUACAUUUAUUUUUUAUUUCUUUACUUUCGUUCUUAUUUUUUUUUCUUUCGUUCAUUAUACUUUUUUUUCGACUAGAAGUAUGACUCCGUUGUUUCAUUUUGAACAAGAAAGCCAUUAGAAGCGUUAAAAGAAAAUAUUUAUAAUUGAUACAGGAAAAACGGAGAGAGAAGGUUCAGAAAGAGACACGUAUUUACCAUCACAAACAGCCUUUGUUCUCCGCAUUUCUUUGUAUUUUUACACAUUAAAUCCAACGGUGUAUUUUGUAAAAAGUCCAGGUAUAUUUAACUAUUAUUGUAUGUGUGAAUAUGUUGUAUGAUAUAAGGCACAAAUAAACAAGUUAUAUCGUU